AUGUCUGGAACAUGGCAAUCAAUUGCAGCUCGCAAGCAGCAGGAACGAGCCUCUCGUAUCCCCGAAGCGUGGCGUUUGACGGCAUCUCAGGUCGAUGGCAGCGGUAGCAAUGUUCUCGACGUGCCUAGGACCUGCGGCCUUCUCCUCGACUCUGAGCUCAAAAUAACUGAGGAUUACGAUGCCACCAGCCUGCUAGGAGAACUUGCAAUUGGCAGUUUGAAAAGCGAGCACGUCGUUCGCGCCUUCUGCAAAAGAGCCGCGCUGGCACAGCAACUCACGAACUGCUUGACCGAGAUCCUAUUUGAAGACGCGCUUGCACGAGCCAGGGAAUUGGACGACUAUCUGGCAACUCACGGCCGGCCUAUAGGACCAUUGCAUGGCUUACCGAUAUCUUUAAAAGAUACAUUCAAGAUACGAGGCUAUGAUGCUUCUAUUGGCAUCGCAGGCUUGUGCUUCAAGCCAGCAACGAGCAAUUCUGCACUCGUAGAUCUGCUACUAUCUCUGGGUGCAGUGCUAUUUUGUAAGACCAAUGUGCCGCAGACUAUGAUGGCCCUUGAUAGUCAUAACAAUGUGUUUGGUCGAACUCUCAAUCCGGCCAACAAGAGGCUGACCGCUGGAGGCAGCUCGGGUGGCGAGGGUGCUCUCCUAGCUAUGCGAGGGUCAUUGCUUGGUGUUGGUACUGACGUGGGAGGCUCUGUGCGAAUCCCCGCUGCAUGCAAUGGGUUGUUCGCUGUAAAGCCUUCUCACGGCCGGGUGCCAUUCGCAGGGCAAGAAGGUGGGACCAAGCCAGGAUCCAGUAAGCUCGGCAUCGAGGCCACUGCUGGCCCCAUGGCCACCAGCUUGAGAGAUUGUGAGCUGUUCCUGCGAGCCGUGGCAGACAGUCAACCCGAGUCGUUUGACCCAGAUGUGGUGCCUCAAACGUGGGAGCGGCAAGUGCCAUUGGAUACGUCAAAGCCCCUUCGUGUUGGUAUCGUCCGGACAGAUGGACAAACCAAGCCUCUUCCACCCAUAGAACGAUUGAUGGACCGGGUUGCACGGACCCUUCAGGCAUCAAAUAGUUCCAUCGAAGUCGUAGACGUCGAUGCAUCUAAGAUCCUGUCUCAGGCCCUGAAGACCUUGAAUGGCAUCAUUUCUAUUGAUGGAGCCAACUCCUGGUUUGACCAUCUCGAAGCAACGCAGGAACCUCUCUCUCCGUGGUUGAAAGCGCGCCUGACUAGGAGACCUGAGAAGUCAUUGGAUGAGGUCCGGAAGCUACAGGCACAGAAGCUCGAGCUGCAGACAGCCUUUCUCGAAGUUUGGAAGAUUGCGGACGCCAACAGAGCGAACGACAAGCGUGAAACACUAAAUGCGCUCAUUAUGCCGGUCGCUCCACAUCCUAUACUGCCCAUUGAUCGAUGGAAUACGGUCAACUACACAGCUUCUCUCAAUCUUCUUGACGUUUCAGCAGGCCUUCUCCCAGUUACCCAUUUCAGUAUGAAUGAUGCCGAUGGUGAUGUGCCGACAUCAAAGCCCAUCAACGGCUGGGACAAGAUCAAUCGCGAACACUGGACACAGGUCGAUCGUGGAGAGUACAUCGGAAGUCCCAUGAGCAUUCAGGUUGUCACGCCGCGCCUACAGGAGAGGAAACUGGCCGAGACCAUGGCCAUUCUGCAUAAGGUUCUACGAAGUACUAGAAGCGCUCUUACUACUAUAUAA